AUGACCGAGAAGGUUUACUCGCGGCUGGCGCGCUGCCCCGCCACUUGCAGCUGUACCAAGGAGUCCAUCAUCUGCGUGGGCUCUUCCUGGGUGCCCAGGAUCGUGCCGGGCGACAUCAGCUCCCUGAGCCUGGUCAAUGGAACGUUUUUGGAAAUCAAGGACCGAAUGUUUUCCCAUCUGCCUUCCCUGCAGCUGCUAUUGCUGAAUUCUAACUCAUUCACAGCUAUCCGAGAUGAUGCUUUUGCUGGACUUUUUCAUCUUGAAUACCUGUUCAUCGAAGGGAACAAAAUAGAAACCAUUUCAAGAAAUGCCUUUCGUGGCCUCCGUGACCUGACUCACCUUUCUUUGGCCAAUAACCACAUAAGAGCACUACCAAGGGAUGUCUUCAGCGAUUUAGACUCUCUGAUUGAACUAGAUUUAAGGGGUAAUAAAUUUGAAUGUGAUUGCAAAGCUAAGUGGUUGUAUCUGUGGCUGAAGAUGACAAAUUCCACUGUUUCCGAUGUGCUGUGUAUUGGUCCACCGGAAUAUCAAGAAAAGAAGCUAAAUGAUGUGACCAGCUUUGACUACGAAUGCACAACUACAGAUUUUGUCGUUCAUCAGACCUUGCCCUACCAGUCGGUUUCGGUGGAUACAUUCUACUCCAAGAAUGAUGUGUACGUGGCCAUCGCUCAGCCCAGCAUGGAGAACUGCAUGGUGCUGGAGUGGGACCACAUCGAAAUGAAUUUCCGGAGCUAUGACAAUAUCACAGGUCAGUCCAUCGUGGGCUGUAAGGCCAUCCUCAUUGAUGACCAGGUCUUUGUGGUGGUGGCCCAGCUCUUCGGUGGCUCUCACAUUUACAAAUAUGAUGAGAGCUGGACCAAGUUUGUCAAAUUCCAAGACAUAGAAGUCUCUCGCAUUUCCAAGCCCAAUGACAUCGAGCUGUUUCAGAUUGACGACGAGACGUUCUUUGUCAUUGCAGACAGCUCUAAAGCUGGCCUGUCAACGGUUUAUAAGUGGAACAGCAAAGGAUUCUACUCUUACCAGUCCCUGCACGAGUGGUUCAGGGACACAGACGCAGAGUUUGUUGACAUAGAUGGGAAGUCGCAUCUAAUCCUGUCCAGCCGCUCCCAGGUCCCCAUCAUCCUCCAGUGGAACAAAAGCUCCAAGAAAUUUGUCCCCCAUGGUGACAUUCCCAACAUGGAGGACGUGCUGGCUGUGAAGAGCUUCCGAAUGCAGAACACGCUUUACCUGUCCCUCACCCGCUUCAUUGGGGACUCCAGGGUCAUGAGGUGGAACAGUAAGCAGUUUGUGGAGAUCCAGGCUCUCCCAUCACGGGGGGCCAUGACCCUGCAGCCCUUUUCUUUUAAAGAUAAUCACUACCUGGCCCUGGGGAGUGACUAUACGUUCUCCCAGAUCUACCAGUGGGAUAAAGAGAAGCAGUUAUUCAAAAAGUUUAAGGAGAUUUAUGUGCAGGCACCUCGUUCAUUCACAGCUGUCUCCACCGACAGGAGAGAUUUCUUUUUUGCAUCCAGUUUCAAAGGGAAAACAAAGAUUUUUGAACAUAUAAUUGUUGACUUAAGUCUCUGAAGGUGCGAUUGGUGAAUUUAAAAGACAUGUAGCAUUAGCUCUCACAAGAGAGGACCAAGAAGAA